AUGGAACUCCUUCCAAUCAUCAUUAUUGUCUCGCUCCUCGGAUUCUUCAUCAUUCUCACCGCCGGGCUUUUUACCUGGCAAUAUCUGAAAGCUAGAGAACAACAUAAAAGACGGCUAGACAGUGAAACUCAAGAUAGGCCCACCCGUCAUCUUACGGUGCGAAGUGGCCAGGUCAUACCAAAAUCGGAAGCGGCAGAAACUGCGAGCACCCGAGACCCUGCAUCGUUCGACCUUAUUCGCCCAAAAGCAACAUACACUGUCAAGUGUGAAGCCGAGAGACGGAAGACCUCAGACACAUGGCCCCCGAAGGUCUCAACUCACCGUCAGGACAAUCCUUCGAAGGCCACAGACAUGGAGGCGCAGAGCAAGGACGAUGGGAGGUCCAAAGUUGCGGCAUACACUUGGCCACCAAAGCCUGCAGCUCGUAGCCAGAAACAUCCGUUUGGUAGUACAGAUCUGGAGGGUCAGACUCAAGAUUCGGGAAGGUCCAAAAUUGCUGAAAGCGAGUGUUUCCGUCGCAAGGAGGAAAUGGCGAAGGUUCACGCAAAGCUCUCCCGACCAGUUCCAAUGACACAACGAUCGGGCUCACUGACAUUACCUCGACCGGCUUUGGUGACCAUCGAGUCUCGCAGACCUUCAGCUGCAAAAUCAAAUGAUUCUCAGUCUCGCCAGACAUCCAAGUCAAAGUCCAGUCCUCAAUCCCGCCAUCCUUCUUCGUCUCAAAAUCGAGAAAUUGCCGAGUCCCUUCAGAGGGCUUACACAGGUCCAUCAAUAUUUGGGGGAGAAGCUCGCCAGCUACCUGCUAGUCCUAUUUUAUGGAAUUCGUCGCUUCAUACGGCAGAAAGUAGAAGGGCGAGUGGACGCCGAUCUUCAGGUCGAUCUGCGGACGGCUCAACAGUAUCACCUGUGCUGCGCGCUCCACCGCCGUCGAUAAACGAGCUCAUCCAGUACGAGACAUCUCCGCCAGUGUCCAGCGGCUUAGUAUCGUACAUGCCAGACACCCCAGGCUUCGUCAGGGACACGGCGCCGCAGCUUGACACUCCCGACUUCGGCAACAUGUCUUUCUUUGACUCGACAAGAUCAUCUGAUGAAUCCAGCCAACUUGAGAGUCCCAAAAAAUUGCAACGAGGUGUCUCCGUGAUGUCCAAUCGGUCCAUUCUUACGAUCGCUUCAUCGGAGAUUUCGUCCAACUGGACGAUUGGGAACGCACAAGUAGUGAACAUAUAUCCUAGUGUGGCUCAAGAGAAAGACAGGGCAACGCCGCCAUAUGCGCGGAGGCUGCGAUCCAAAUACGGGCGUUUCCCGAGAGGGAGGGGUGAUAAGGCGCUGCCGGGAAUCCCGAAGUCGCCAUUGUGGCAGAACGACUUUGGAGACGUGCAUGAGUGA